AGUCACGUGGGUUACUGGGCGGAAGAGAAGAAAACGUGGUCGUUUGGGGAUCGCAACGUCGUGUUUUCUGUCUUGCAAAUCGUUUUAGUUCUGUUAAAAAUAAUCAAACAAGGGUCAUGACAGAAACAAAGGCACGGGCGGCUACAAAGCCGGCUAAGGCUUUACUGGCUUUGAACCCUAAAGAGGAGGUUGAAUUCAAGAAGAAAGUCCAGGAGGUGAAGAAGCGACCCAACAAGGUUAGUUUGCCCAAACGCACGCGACACUGCCUGUGGCCUGAAAGCCACAAUCCACACGUGGAACUUGCAAUCUAGCUAGACUGCUACAAUUAAAUAAUAAUCGUCGUUUAUUUUUAAGCAAUGGACUUGUUAGUUCAUCCAACCAUUUAUUUUCUUAAUUGUUUCCUCAAGGGAUGUGCUGCUAGUUACAUUAACUUGCUAGUUAGCUAGCUAACGUUAGGUGGCUAAUUUAACGUUAGCUAUCAAACUUUGACAGAGUAUUGAUCUUCUUAGUAAGUUUUGGGUUAUGUUUUGACACAUUUUACCAAUUUUUCUACAGGGACACCAAAUAAGUCCAGGAGUGAUCUAUGUUGGUCAUCUUCCGACUGGCUUGUUCGAACCUCAGCUCAAAUCCUACUUUGAACAGUUUGGAAAAGUCGUCAGGUUACGACUGGCCAGGAGUAAAAAGGUAUCGUCGAUCUCUGAUCAGUGCUCUUAUGAAUAAGAUGGUGGAUAUAGUCAGCCUACUUGUCAAGGCAAACAUGUACUUUAUAUUUUGACAAACACUCUGACAUGCAAAUUACUUGAUUCAUCACAUGAUUGACAUGGAUUAUGGCACCGUCUGAAAAUAACCUCAGGUGUACCAGUUGCCUGGGGUGAGAUAACUGUGCCAACAGUAUUGUGGUACGUUAAGCUUAUUGCCUGCUCUGUAUAGCAGUGUGAUUAAACCCAUGUGCCCACACUAAUUUACUGUACAACCACUCAUACGUAGUUAUAUAACAUUAAUUGCAAGUGAACAUGGAUAGAAUUUAUGUUUCAUGGUCAAACCUAAAUAAUACAUUAUAUGAUAGAGAUCAGAUUGAGGGUAACCCAUUCAUAGAAGCUAACUACCUUUAGCGCCUACUGAUGAUAGUAUGUUAUGGCCUGGGAGCCCCGAUGCGCAUACUAAACUUUAAAACGCAUUUGUUGCGGUACGUUUUUUAGAAACAUAAAGAACGUAUAUUUCAUAUCACCCAGAAAUAAUUGUCUAAAAACAGCAGGUUAAAUUACUACACCAUUAUAGGUUAAGGGUUAAUUUUCCCCACACAACCAUAUCGCCAUGUUGUUUACAUAAGACAGGCGGCCAUCUGUGCUCAUUAACUAUCUAGAAUGCCCCGAACUCCUGUGCAUAACUGGGGAGGAAGUGUAGUUGGGCUCCCGAGUGGCGCAGCGGUCUAAGGCACUGCAUCUCAGUGCUUGAGGUGUCACUACAGACCCCCUGGUUCGAUUCCAGGCUGUAUCACAACCGGCCGUGAUUGGGAGUCCCAUAGGGCGGCGCACAAUUGGCCCAGCGUCGUCCGGGUUUGGCCAGUGUAGGCCGUCAUUGUAAAUAAGAAUUUGUUCUUAACUGACUUGCCAUGUUAAAUAAAGGUUAAGUAAAAAAAAUAAAGAGGCACACAGCAUAUGGAUCUAUCAUCUGUGCGAAACUGCUACAGUAAGUGUAUAUAUUUUUAUAUUACAUUUUCUUUCUCGCUGAUAUGAAAGAUAAGGGGCAUAUGUUUCAAAAACCGCAAGCAAUGAUUAUUGUCAUUUCUAAAAGUUAAAACACAGCGUCGGAAUUGUCGUUCACAUGCAGCCAACAGUGGGCUAAUCGAACCGCAGAAAACCCCACGGAUAAGAAGGGUUUUCAAGAGCUAGAUUGAGGGGUGAUCCAGUGGAAACCAUUUGACCCCUCCCCUUCCUCUCAGACAGGUGGGAGCAAAGGCUAUGCAUUUGUGGAGUUCGACUGUGAUGAUGUCGCCAAGAUCGUUGCUGAGACCAUGAACAACUACCUGAUGGGCGAGAGAUUGAUCAAAUGUAAGUUAUCUGAAGAAAUAAGAUGCCUUUUUGCUCAUAAUUUAAACCCAGUCAUACGUUCAGGUCUAACGUUUGCCCCUCGCUCUUGAUGUCUUGUGUGUGUAUUUUGUGGGAGGAGAGAAGAAGAUACAGAGAUGGACUAAUAAAGUUGUAUGCUGUUCCACAGGUCACCUGGUCCCUGCUGAGAAGGUGCAUGAGAAGCUGUUUGUGGGAUCACAGAGAGAGUUUAAGAAGCCCAGGCAGCCUGCUGUGGCUCGCUACAACAAGAGACACACACCAGAGGCGGUCACGGAGAUGACUGGGAGGCUACUGCGCAAAGAAUCCAAGCUCCGCAAGAGGCUGGCAGAGAAGGGAAUCGACUACGACUUCCCAGGAUUUGUAAGUUUUGCAUUUGACUCAACGGUUCAAUAGAUGUUUCUUUUUUGUGUGAAAUUAGUUAAAAUUCAAUACAUUCACAUUUUUAAAACAAUUUUAUGUAUUGAAUUUGAACCUGUAUCAUUUUCUUGUAUCCUAAUCUAUUGUAAACUCUUGAAGGCUUCCCAAGUGCCACAGAAGAAAAAGUUAGAUGACACUGUGAAUGCCUCCACAUGUAGUGAGGUAAGGACAAUUAAUCUGAAAUGUACAUGUUUGUGAAUGACUACUUUGAACUACAGGAUGCUUUUAUGUUGUUGUAUAUAGCUAUGCUUUUUGGCACAUUCUGAAAAUAACCUCAGGUGUACCAGUUGCCUGGGGUGAGAUAACUGUGCCAACAGUAUUGUGGUACAUUAAGCUUAUUGCCUGCUCUGUUAGCAAGGUGAUUAAACCCAUGUGCCCACAGUCACCUCACAAUAUCUAACAAGUAAAUUAUUCUCGCACUCAGUAAGAAUAAUACCCACUCAUUGGCUUGUUAUUCUGCACAGUGAACAUGUUCCCACCCAUAGAGAUAAAUCAAUGGAGAGGCUGAUGUCAUAGAGCCCCAAUGCUCUGAAAUUGAAAUAUUUGUAGGCCAUCUUACCUGGGUAUAACAUCCUGUGUUGAUGUCUGUUUCCCCUCAGGAUAUCACCCCAGUGUGCACCCCCUCAGUCCUGGAGAGGAGGAGGUCCAUGAAGAUCAACGAAGACGACAGCGAUGGUGAAAUCAUCAUCAAGAAUACACCAGCCCCCAAAAAGUCCAGAGGCAGACGUAAAAGAGCGGAGACAGGCGACGAGGAGUUCUCAGAGGAGGAGGAAACUGAGGAGGAGUCCUUCCUAGAAGGGAGCGAGGAGCCUUCGGAGGGGGACGUGGAGCCCAUUGUCAAGGAAGGAGGCGCAGAUUGAACAAACGUUAACACUGACGUUGAAGGACAAUAACUCGCUUUAAUUGCCUUGCAUGUAAAGCAGAGACAUUUGUACAUGGUGGUUGGUUGGACCUCUAUAUAAUUUCCCAGAGGAGAAUGGCUAAAGAACCAAUGACUGUUGGCAGUUGAGUGUUAACCUAUGAACCUGUAUAGCACCUCCUAAAGUCCCACAGCUUUACCAUAAGGUGAAAUGACAAAGCAGCAUAUUUACUUGUCACGCCAAACUAUGAGAAAAUAAAUAUUAUCAGUAGUUGGGUGGUGUUGCAUUUGUAGCCAUACAGACUAAAAAGAGAUGUAAUUAUUUUUAAUCGGUAUGGCGAUGUGGACUCAUGCUGCUCUUAUCCAUCUGCAGUUAUUUUUGAUUACAUUUAUUUGUCAAUGUGCUUUGGUAUUUUGGGUUGUCAAAAUAAAUGGUCAUGAUCUGUAAUAAAUAUAAAACCUUCAAUA